CCAUCACCGGUCACCGCUCCCAUUCCCAGAUUCCCAGCUAGCAGGCAGUGCGAUUCUUCAAAAGAAAGUCAUCUAUAGGCAUGCAGAAUGUUGAUUCUGUCUGACACCAGCAUUUCUACGACGUGCCUUUCUUUUACUGGAUUUGUCUGCCUUAACAAGGCACUCAAUUAUUUACCAUCACCUGAAAAAUACGCCGACAAGAGUCGUCAUAAAUGGCGAAAUGCGAUAUGCUCCCUCAUCCACGCCCUGAUCGUGGGAAUCUUUGGCACGUACUGUUUCUUCUCCAAUCAUGAGCUGCAAGAAGACCUUGUAAAUGGCUAUACACUGAGCUCCGAAAUCAUCAUUGCUUUUACUGGAGGGUACUUUGCAUAUGACCUUCUGGAUUUGAUGGCUCAUAAUGCUUUCUCUAACUCAUGGCCGCUAUACACACAUCAUCUUGUGGUCCUCUUUCUAUGCUUCACGAUCCUUUCUCUCCGUCAGCUGUACGCCACCAUCAACAUCGCCAUGAUCCUGGAGCUCAACUCCAUCUUCCUGCACAGCCGACAGCUCCUGCUCAUGUAUGGCUUCAGCAAGCAGGACCUGGUCUAUCGGCUCAACGCCUACUUGAACAUCCUGAGCUACGUGGUCUGCCGGAUGGGCUCCAUGGGGUUUCUCUGCGUCUGGGUGGUCGUGACGGAGCAGGACGUCCCGCCGAUCAUACGCAAGACGGGACCGUACACCCUCGCAUCCAUCUUUUGUAUCAACCUGGUCUUAUUCUACAGGCUCAUCAUCAGUGACUUUGGCAAGAAAAACAGCUCUAGUUCUAAACGAGAGGUUGACAUCAUGGACUCCUAACAUCCCUUCACUUCACCUUCAUCAACAUGGCUUCCAUUUCAUAUUUAUUUUUUACUUCAUUUUAGUGUGAGAAAUUUAUGGAUGUAGAUUCUAUUCUUUUCAAGAGCUUCCAACAUCAUGUAACCUACGCAUUACUGCAAUUUUUUUCUUCAUCUCUGAGUCUCUAUUCAUUAGAGACUUUCAUAUAUAUAUAUUUUCCUUUUUUUUAUAAAUACAAAUAUAUGAAAGUGUUAGCGUUUGUGUAGUGCAUUAUUCAUCUGUUUGUUUGUUUUGGUUUUGCUGUGUUUUUUUUAUGUUUAUAAAAAAAAGUGCUUCAUAUUAUUUCUGUAAUUUUCAUGGUCAUGUCAACAACAAUUUUUGUUUUUCUUAGUGAAAAUCACUUUAAAAGUUACCUUUUUCCUCUUUGAUGAAAUACAUACUUCCAUCUUGCAAAUACUUUACGAUCUUUCAGAUUAUCAACAUACCGGUAGGCAAUGGUGCUUGUUUUUUUAAUCUUGUUAUGAUCCUUUCAUCAAUAACUACAUGUGCUAUUAUACAUUUUUAUACAAAACAAAAUAGAAAAAUACCAUAACCCAGAGAUGAAAUAUUGAGGGGACCUACAUGUAUGUAAGAAAGGAAAGUACUCUUUAAAAAAAAUUAUUAAAAAAAAAAAAUACCUCCCAUGUUUUGAUACUCUAUGAAGUGCCUGACUGUUGCAUCAGGUUUGUCCAUUGUAUUUGGAGAUUGUAUGAGUGAGAUAGUCAAACUAUUUCACGAGUUUAAUGAAACAUCUCAUCAAUACAAAAAUAUUAAAUAUUUGUU